GUGCUCUUCCGUGAAGCUCAACCUUUAUUUGGCAAUGAUGCUGUCGUCGUUGCCUUGUGAUGAGGUGGAAGUGAAAGCAAGUUCAGCCGCAAAUGUCAGGCACGGAGGGAUGGACCGGCACCAUGACAAUUUGGGCUAGCAUGUGGAGAAGGUGCCCACACCGUGCAUGAGGCAUUCGUCAAGCGCCUGGAGUGGUCGCAAGCUGGGCCGCUGCGUAACAAACAGCAUCAAGCUGCAGAUUGAGCGUCGUUGCUGAGGGAAGAAGCAGAGGGCGUCACCACAAAACACGGACAUUGCAGAGAUAGCACCAGCAUCUGCAACACUUUGCGACAUCACAGUCUCAGAAGCACUCCUUUGUAACUUCCUCGUUCACUCCUUUGUAACUUCCUCGUUCACUCCUUAUACAUGUUUGCGCCGUCGCUCCUUCCCACCCACGCUCGUUACCAUGGCUGCCUUCUCGUCGCCGAUGCGACUGGCACCUCCUAUCACACCGCGCCGGGCCCCCUCACCCAUGAUGUCGCCCGGUACCCGCAGAGGCCGCAUGCUCGGCAGCUCUGAGGAGAGUCAUUUACGCGAUCUGUCCCCCGAAACCACACUGCGCGCCUUCACCGAGGAGCCCAUACCGUUCGAUACGACACGUGACGAAUACAAAAUCUUCGCCUGCAUCGACACCCUCACCGUCGCCGAGCGCGAUCUGGGCACGCGUGUCGCCAAGGCUGCGCAGCGCUUAAAGAGCUGGUGCGCCGAAAUCGAGCAGUGGGGAUGGACUGGCAGCUUCGAGCAGCCCAGCGAGGAAUACAAGGAAACGCGCCGUCGUAGCCUGGAGGCGCGCAUUGCAGAGCAUGUCGGCAAUGCGGAUGCACUAGCCCCGUUGGAGUACUAUGGCUCGCUGCUUUCGGUCGAGGUGGAACAGCACGAGGCGCGCCUGGACGACAUGGGCGAAGAACUGCUGAAGCUAGACGUGGAUGAGCUGAAGGAGUACGUGCUGGACAUGCACCCGCAGGGCAGGUCACGUCCCGGUUCAGCCGGCUUUGGCGCGAGUCGCUCCAGCUACCGACCCAUGGACGACUUCUCCUUCCUCAUCACCCAGACGCUCCUCUCCGCCCUUCCUCACCAUGCUCAGCUCAAAGACCGCCUCAAUACGUGGACCGCCCGUGUUUCGAUCCUUCGUUCCGCACCUCGGUACCUUGACGAUCUCAAGCAGUCGCAGAAGGCUAUGAGCCUCGGCUGGGAUGCGCUUGAGCCGCCAACAGACACGUCAGAUGUUGCCUUUGGCCAGUGGAAGGAGGCUGUUGAUACGAUAUCGAGCGUGCUGCGGGGCAAAGUCAGUGACUUGGGUCGACGUCUCGAUAGGAUGCUGGAUACGCUAGAAGGCCGUGACGAUUGCCUGCCAGAGCGCUGGAUCGAUGUGUUUGAAGCCUUGGAGGCUGACUAUGGUCGAUGGGUGCAUGAGUCUACUAGAAGAGUGAUUGCGUUCGAUGUGCGCAGACAGUCGAAGCAGACGAAGCCAGGGGAGCCACAAAUUGAGCAGAAGGAGGCUCUCAAGCCAGAUAUGCACUCCGGUACACCCACGACCCCGCGAGCGCCGCUGCUCCCAAUCGAUAAACGCGUACACCAAUUGUCCACAGAGCCUCAGUUGCCUCGGCCCAAGACCCUCGAGGGCAGCUUGCGCUCGCCUGUCGCGGCCAGAGUGAAUUCAGCCCAUGUGCCAGAAGGCGUAACGAUACCUACACCGAGCGCUCCGAUGCUUGAGGACGCUCCUGAAGGGGUAUCUCAAGUCGCUUCGCGCCCAACAAACCUACAGUCUGAGGAUACUCCUGCGCAGCCAGAACCUAGCAUCAUUGUCAACGCCGUCAGCUCUGAAAAUGCUGGCGAUUCUGCACACCUGGUUACAAGCAUACCUCCCCGCAAGAUCAACUUCGAGACUGCAUCACCUUCUACUGACGACGACUACGAGUUUGAUGAAGGCGACACUGUGGUACACAACGAGGUGGAGGACGUCCCCAGGGACGCUGUUCGUGUCGUUGCCAGUUACGAGAGCCUUUCUCACAUCCCAACCAGCGAGGAUGGCAGCCCUACCAGCUUCGUGCAUAAAAUCGCCUCCAAGGCUUUUUCUCACUCUCCAGCACUCAUCUCUACGGAUGGUACUGACGGCGAUGCACCCCAGACUCCACGUCCACGUCGGCUGAGCACCAGUUCGAUCUCGUCCAGUGCUUCCUUCGAUUCGAGCCCCGUGGGUACUGUUGAGGAAUCGCCCACUACGCGCACGGCUGGCAACCGUAGCAUCAGAGCUCCUCGACCUGAGCUCAACGCUGCCAUGUCGAAGCGUCGACCGGCGAAAGAUGCAGCUCUGCCCAGCGUCGAGAGCGCGCCAUGGCCGCCAACACAGUUCAGCCACAAGAGACCGACCACCGCCGAUGAUCUUGAACGAAAGAUCUCAGACAUCUUGACAACGAUUCCAGCUCACAUUCGCCUUACCUCGGGGCCAGGAGCAGACGCACAUGAAAUCAGACCAUCUCGCGGCAUUGGCCACAAAGGUAGUAGGGGAUAUCUGCGUGCUGCUCGCUCAGCGAGUGGCCUGAAAACACCCCAGCUUACUUUGUCGCCCGUCAAGAGUGAGUUCGAGAGUGCUAACGCUGGUGCAGGACGCAAGUCUACAAAUGCAAGGAUCGAUAAUGACAUCAAGCUAUAUCAUCUUACGCAGCCUGGCAAGGAGCAACCCAUCAAGCUGUUCAUCCGCCGCGUUGGAGAAAAUGGAGAGCGUGUCAUGGUUCGAGUCGGGGGAGGUUGGUCUGACCUAGGUGAAUACCUGCGCCAGUACGCUGAGCAUCACGGUCGUCGCACAGCAAGUGAAGGCAAAUUCGAAGUCCUCGGUCUCGAGGUGCAGAACUCAGACCCCGCAUCCGCGAGACCUGGAAGUGCAAUGAGCACAACGCGCCGCUUUAGUGGAGCUGGCCGUAAGACGCCAAACACAACGCCAGACGGCAAGCUCGCAGGUCUCGGCAUCUCGACUGAUUCUCCGCCACCUCCGAUGCCCAGAUUUGAAAGAGACUCUACACCAGCUAUCGCCGAGGAGGCACCUACACCCCCUUCGAACAACUCUCAGAAGUCAUGGCACGGUACCGAGGUGGGACUCGCAGGACCGAAGACGAGGAAGGUUGAACUUACUGGUGAUAAGUUGGAAUGGAUUGAGGGCAUGAUAAAGCAGGCGCGCUCUGUCAGCAAUAGCAAUCUGAACAAAGCUAUGAAGGAGGAUGAGCGUGGGGAAGGCAGAAGUAAGAGCAGGAGUGAGAGUCGCUCAGCUAGCCGAUCUACAAGCCGUGCUGCUGCGAAGAGGCCGGUGCAAGACUUUGUUGAUUUGGGUAAGACGGGUAGCACGAGGAGGGUUUUCAUGAGAGGUGGUGGUGGCUCGAGUGAGCGCUUGAAUGAGCGCUGAGUAUGUAUGCGUUGGUGGAGCAGUCGCAUUUCUGUGCAUGUACUGCAUGGUGGAGUACCUUUCGUAUUGAUACCCCGGAUAUAGAUAUGGUGCGAUUGUAUGUGUAAGAUACCGAGGUUCGGAUUAGGAGUUCAGAUAUAGGUAUAGAGGGUUGCGCUCAAGCGUGCAUUGUACAUCGGAUUUGGACAUACUUUAGUGAUGUUGUGUACCUGGCGUAGCCUCGUCACCUUCGGGGGGGGGGGGGGAGAGGAGGCAAUGG